UUGUGUGUCGGGGAGAUCCAGUGAGAAUCAGAGGGGAUCUAUUGGGAGAAGGGACAUACUGAGCGCCAGAGGGGAUAUUGUGGGAGAGGGAAUGCAGUAGGAGUUCGAGGGGAUACAGUGGGAGAGGGGAUACAGUGGGAGCCAGAGAGGAUAUUGUGGGAGAGGGAAUGCAGUAGGAGUUUGAGAGGAUAACAUUGGGAGUCAGGAGAGAUACAGGGAGACGGGAUACAGCGUCACUGGGCUGAGGGGAUACAGUGUGGACAGGAGUAUUCUCACUGUGAUCGUGAGGAAGAGGAUCUGGUGUGUCGUGGGGGAAAAGGCAUCCAGUGUGACCCUGAGCUGGAUUAGUAAGACUCGCUAUGAACGAGGAGCAGUUUGUUAACAUCGACCUGAACGACGAUGAUAUCUGUGGUGUCUGUAAGCUGGAGACGGCGAAGGAGAUGCUUUCGUUCUGCCACGUUUGCUUCGAGCUCAGCAUUGAAGGGGUGCCCAGGUCUGACCUCCUCCACACGGAAUCUGUGCGGGGCCACAGGGAGUGCUUUGAGAAGUAUCACCUCAUAGCCAACCAGAACCUGCCAAGGUCUAAGGCAUCCAAGAGUACCUACAAGGACGUGAAGGAGAUCCUGAGCAGGAAGAUCAGUCAGAUCAUUCAGUACGCCCAGAACCAGCACCUGUCUUCCUCAGGACACACUUCCAUCACCAAAUGGUCCCAGUUGCCCCGUUACUCCCCGCGCUGGCUGGAGGUGGGGGCGCCCGGCUACUCGGAAUGCACGCAGGGAAUCUUGGAGCGGGAGGGGCAGCCUGGCUUCGGCGUGGAGGUCCUGGGAGCGGACGCCGGUGGGGUUUGCAGCGGAGAAGCCCGGUGGUCCACCAAGAAGGUCGGGCUGGGGGCAGAAGGUCAGCCGUCAGUGGAAAGUCGCAGAGAGGAGGCCAAGUGUCACACUCACUACACGCACGAGGACUUGAGUGAGAUGUCGAUGGAUGAUCUGGUGCUGUUGAACGAACAACUUGUCAAACAGAUCAAAGUGGUCUUUGAAGAUCUGACGCAGGAACUGGAGAAGAAGGAUUCCCUCUCCUCUGAGCUUCACGUCCGCUACAUCGCCAUCGAGCAGCUCUUCAAGAACCGUUCCAAACUGCCGUGGUUACAGAUUGGGCGCAGGGGCAUUAAGCCCAGUGUCCCCCUAGACAACUGACCUCCAGCCCAUCUCAAAGACAAGCUUUACAAAAUCCAACCCCAACAGUGUUAGAAGACUUUGAACUCCACAAGAUGUGGGGGAUAUUUUGUAUGCAUCUAUAUUUACAGAGAGAAAAUUUGACAGCAUUUUAUGUACGCAUAAAUCAAAUGUGUUUCUUAA